CAUUUUGGUAAAUAAAACCUGAAACAAAGUCAUUAAUUGAAUGUAGGUUUCUUUUAAGUCUCCGGCCAGGCCUUAGCUUGUUAGCUUAGCUGUUGUCUCCAUCUUAACAGAAGAAUAAAGAAAUCUACAAAAACCCAAAGCCAAUCAUAAACAAGCAAUGCCAUUUUCCCACUAAACAAACAGGAGAGAAAAUAAAGGAAGGAAAAAAAGAAGAAAAGAAAACCCUAGUACAAGAAACCAAAGAGAGAAGGGAAAAGAGAGAUUCUUUGUGGUUUCUUGUCAAAGAAUGGCCAACUUUUUUGCUUCUUUCUUGAUUUGCGGUGCCGCCCUAUUCAUCUUGAUCUUGAUGAGCACAUCGUCCACCGUUCAGGGAAGUGUGGACCACCAGCAACACCUAGGAUGGAUACCCAUCAGAUCAUCCUGCAAAGGGUCCAUAGCAGAGUGCUUGGCCAGUAAUGGGGAGGAGUUUGAGUUGGACUCAGAGAUCAGCAGGCGCAUUUUAGCAACCACGAAGUACAUCAGCUAUGGAGCACUGCAGAGGAACACUGUGCCCUGCUCUAGGAGAGGAGCCUCCUACUACAAUUGCCAACCAGGGGCUCAGGCCAACCCCUACAGCCGUGGCUGCAGUACCAUUACAAGGUGCAGGAGUUGAUUUCAUUUUUUUUUUCUUGAAUUUAUUCUAUUUCCUUUUUUUUUUUUUACCCAUUUCAUUUCAAAGGUUGAAGGGUUGGUUUCUGAAGGGGACAAUGAGAGGCUGGUGCUGAUUGUUGUUUUGUGUUAUUGAUGAAAAUAUUGUUUCCGUAACUAUAUCUGAAUUUCUUUGCAAGAGAUUACUGUUA